AAGUGAGCUGCUGGGCCGACUGACGGUAACUGGGCUGAGAGGCUGUUCGCAGAGCGGGUUGAAGAUGAAUGCCAGAGGACUUGGAUCUCAGCUAAAGGACAGUAUUCCUGUUACUGAACUUUCAGCAAGUGGACCUUUUGAAAGUCAUGAUCUUCUUCGAAAAGGUUUUUCUUGUGUGAAAAAUGAACUCUUGCCCAGUCAUCCUCUUGAAUUAUCAGAAAAAAAUUUCCAGCUCAACCAAGAUAAAAUGAAUUUUUCCACACUGAGAAACAUCCAGGGUCUGUUUGCUCCACUCAAGUUGCAAAUGGAAUUCAAGGCGGUGCAGCAGGUUCAGCGUCUUCCAUUUCUUCCAAGCUCAAACCUUUCACUGGAUAUUUUGAGGGGUAAUGAUGAGACUAUUGGAUUUGAAGAUAUUCUUAAUGACCCGUCACAAAGUGAACUAAUGGGAGAACCACACUUGAUGGUGGAAUAUAAACUCGGUUUACUGUAAUGCAGUAUGCUGUCCGUGAAAACAGAGGGGCUACAUCUUGUUUAUAGUCGUCUUUUUACUAUAAUUUUAUGUACACAACA